AUGUUCAAUUCUAAACUGGAACGAGAUAUCAUCGAAACAAGGAACGUCAACAAGCAUUUCAGAACAACAUCAAAGUCUAUUCGAGAUUUCGAGCGUUUAAAAAGAAGAAUUAAAAAAGUUGGAAUUAAAAUGGAUUUAGUCACAGCUUAUCUUGAAAACAUGUUUGGUCAUCAUUUGACUACAAUGUUCUUAUUAGAUCUUGCGGCAGACUUGGAAAAAAAGAUAAAUAUUGAAGUUGAUCGAUUAGCAAGAAGGAAUAGACAAGCUUUAUUGUGCUGGUUUGCAGAAAAUUGGGAGAAGAUCCAGCCACUAAUAGUAGACCAAAGGAAGGAGAAAAUUAGAAGUCAAGCCAAAAAAAUAGAAAAAAAUGAAGGUACAGACUGUCAAGACCAAGUGAUAGAUGCAUCAGACUUAAAUCAAUUGCUUAAUUUCCAUUAG